AUGGACGGAGACAGGGGCUACAUGCAGUCAAACGGCGUGAGUUCAAAGAAUCACAACAUGUUUUCAUGGUUUCAAAUAAAGUCAAAGCUACGAGAUUGCGAUGUUGAAACCGGAAAGGAUGUUGAGAUUGAUGAUGAAGUGAAUGCGGAUUUUUAUUCCUUCGAUCAUGGUUCAAUAUUUUAUUAUCGGACAACUGACUGCCCACCUCAACUUACAUCGGAAAUCUACGCUCAAAGAGUUUUUAACUUUUUUACGAAGUUCUGGGCUGAAAUUUUCGGGUCGAUUAACAUUGUUGUAACAUUUUUCAUAACCUUCGGACUUCAGUUGUAUCGCUUUUUACUCUACGGCAUCAUCAGAGCGAUAAUCGUAGGAAUCGUUCAAAUAUCAUCGGACUAUUUACUUAAGCCCCUACUCGCCGUUUUGUUUAAUGGUCUUCUUCAACCGUUGUUUGUUCUAUUGCAGAAUAUUUUCCAAUCGCUUCGCAAUAUGUUCGGGCCAUUGGUGAAUUUAAUCGCGGAUGUUUUCAAGCCACUUAUCGAACUUAUUAAGGCAUUUAGAGUUGUUGAGGUCAAGAAUUUCAAUAAGGAGCUGCGAGAAUCGACUCCUUAUCAAACAUUCCAAGGACAACACGAAACAUAAAUUUUGAAGCGUGUUGUCCAUUUCGGUAAACGAGGAAAAUUCAUUUUACUUUUAUUGUAAACCCUCAUUUUAUAAACCAUUUCAUUAAUCCUUAAAUAUAUUUUGCAAAACGA